AUGAAAAUAAAGAGAAAACAUAAAGAAACUGAAAUUGAUAUAAAUAAAAAUAAUAUAUUACAUGAAUGUACAAAAUACCAUUAUAAAGCUUUAAUUAAACAAAAUAAAAAUAAUGUGUUGUCUUUUGAAGAAAUAGCAGAAGAACUUUUUAGUAAAAUUUUUGUAGUUGCACCUGACAAAUAUUUUGAAAAUGAAGCAGUUGAAAUUAAUUUUAAGUCAAGUAUUAUAUUGGACAAUUUUAAAAAUAAAGAAGAUACUCCACAAGAAAUAGCAAAAAAAAUUAUAAAUUUGAUAGAUGAUAAUAAUGAUUAUUACUACAUUUAUUUCAAUUGUUAUAAUUUGAAAAAAAACAAUAAAUUACAUAUGUUUUAA